AUGGCCGGCGCUGGUUCACCCUACAUCAAAUCCGAGCCCACCGACUUUUCCUUCCAGCCACAUCAGUAUCAGCAGCCACCGGCUUUCAACAUGAACUCAAGCCACAUGCAGAACGGCAUGAAUGGUGGCGACCAUGUCAUGGGCAACUCCAACUUCAACUCAGGCUUUGCCCCACAAAACAUGUCAUCGAGCUUCAAUAUGGGCAACUCAGGCCUUGCCGAUGAUGAGCUGCUUGAUGGCAUCAACAUGGACGAUGGUCACCACGCCAACAUGCACCAAGGCCAAUACAACAAUGGCAAUAUGAACCAACACUUCCUUACCCAUGGCAGUAUGCCCAUGUCUAUGGGCCAGCAGCACUUGAACGGCAACAACAACUUCUACUCAUCCACACCCGAGGGUGCCCCUAUCCAGUCGCCUUUUGUCAACGACUUCAACUAUGGCCAGUUCCGCCCUCAGUACAGUGUACCAACCACAAGUGGUUACAUGAACGGCCUCAAUGCCCCACAAGUCCAUCAGAUGGAACGUAAGAUCUCUGACUCACGCUCACCUGCCACACCAAACACUCCUGGCAUCUCCAAUCUGCAUCUGGGUGAGCCAGAGUAUCCUUCGACAAGCAUGGGGCAGCAACCUCGUGCCAUAAUGGGACACAGGCAAAGCUCGAGUGUCAACAACUGGGAGAACGUGUCAAACCCUCAUUCAUGGCAAGACGUCUCACCAUUUGGCUCGCCGUCAAAUCCCAUGAUGCAGCACCAGCAGCACCCUCAAAUCUCUGAGGUCCUGAAGUCUUCGAACGCAGGUGCCAAUGGCAAGAUUGCAUCGUCGUUGCCCGCGAAGAUGGAGAACCCUCCUGCUUUCCAGACCCAAGAAGCCAAGCGAAAGCGUAGAAGAGAGUCGCACAACCUCGUUGAACGCAGAAGACGAGACAACAUCAACGAACGCAUUCAGGAUCUCGCUAGCCUCGUUCCUAUGCACAGACUGGAGGACGAAAGAGUCCGAAAGCACCUCCAAACAAAUGCUCCUCUCUCACCUUCCAUCGUAGCCACAGGCAUGUCGCCUUCUCAAGCCACAUCUUUGUUGGCUGGAGGCAAUGGUAGAAGAGCCACUACCGCAAAUGUGGGAACUGGCUUGCCUAUGGACGACAAAGACAAAGGUCCAAACAAAGGCGACAUUCUCAACGGAAGUGUUGCUUGGACCAGAGACCUGUUAUGGUACUUGAAACACGUUCUCGACGAGAACGCCGAGCUCAAGGCAAGAGCCCGUGCUCGAGGUGACGAUUGGACUGCUCCCGUGACCGAAGAUGGAAGACGCAUGGAGACUGAAGUCCGUGAGCUCAUGCAGAAGCUCAUUGCCACCGGCAACCUUCAGGACUACAGCAGAGGCCAUGGUUCUGGACUUCGAGUCCCUGGUCAUACCAAUCUUGCUGGCGAGCCUCUUCACAGUCAAGAAGGUCAGUCCAAUUACGGUCAAAGCCUCAGCCCUGGUUUCCAGAGUGGAAGCGGUGGUAUCAGUCCCGUUCAAGGAUAUUGGCCUUCGAACGACGAACCUGUCUUCAAGGAAGAGGAUGAGUUCACCAUCAACGACCUCUAA